AUGGCAAUGCAGAUUCUUCUUCCAACCCCACCGCCACCGCCUCCGCUGCUGCUACCACCUGAACACCGGUCUUCACUCUACGCCGGAGACCUUCACCCAGACAUCACUGAUAACGAACUCUAUCACCUUUUCUCCAUGAUCGGCCCAGUGUAUUCUGUUCGCAUCUGCAGAGAUCGUUUCUCCCAUAAAUCCCUUGGCUACGCUUACAUCAAUUUCUACCUCCAUUCUCACGCGGCUGUGGCGUUAUCUCGACUGAAUCACUUUGAGUUGAGAGGAAAACCCAUAAGGCUAAUGUGGUGUCAACGAGAUCCGCUUACGAGAAAAACUGGAGUAGCGAAUUUGUUCGUGAAGAAUCUUGAUCCGUUCGUCACAGAUGCUAAACUGGAGAAGAUUUUCGGAAAAUUUGGGAGGAUUCAUUCUAGUAAGAUCGCCAAGGACGACAACGGUAACAGUAAGGGUUUCGGUUUUGUUCAAUUUGAUUCAGAGGAAUCCGCUAAUGAUGCUCUUACUGCCCUAGACGGAACCACAUUUGAAGGAAAGAUCAUAUCUGUCGCCAAGUUUCUCAAGAAAAGCGAGAGGAAGGAGCCCGAAUUUACAAACGUGUAUGUGAAAAACCUUGAAUCGGAUUUCACCGAAAGUCUUCUGAGAGAAAAGUUUUCUGAAUACGGAAACGUCACAAGUGCUGUAAUCAUGAGCGAUGCCGAUGGGAAAUCAAGAGGUUUUGGAUUCGUCAACUUUAAGUCACACGAUAGUGCAAAAAAGGCCAUCGAGGCUCUAAACGGUGUCAUAAUCGGAUCAAAGGAAUUGUUCGUUGGAAAGGCCAUGAAGAAAUCCGAAAGAGAAGGGUUCCUGAAACUGGCUCAUAAAAAAGACACCAAGACGAACACGUCAAAUCUUUAUGUGAAAAAUCUUGCUGCAUCUGUAGAUGAAAAAACUCUUGAAGAAACUUUUGGCGCUUUUGGGAACGUGGUUUUAGCCAAAGUGGUUCGCUAUAAAAACGGAAUCAGCAAAGGAUUUGGUUUCGUGUGUUUCUCAAAUCAAGAAGAAGCAACCAAAGCUCGUGAUUCACUUAAUGGUGACCAAUUUAAUCAUUCAUCUUAUCUUCAUUGA